UAAAGCUAUACGCCACGUAUUAUCAACAAUCUAUCAUCACAUUCUCUCCUAUUAUCAACCAACCACACUCAUCUCACCUUAUCCUUUUCUCUCUUUUAAUCCAAAUACACAAAUCUCCCUUACCACAAACUCCACACACAUUUCAAGAAACCAAAAGAUAAUAAAAAUGGCCUCAGCCUCAGCAGCAACUCCAUCUACAAUCACUGUUGUAGGAAGCUCAAUUGGUUCCAAAUCAAGGAACAACAGGAAGGGUCAUAGAGUGAAGUUCAUCACAGGACUCAAUGCUUAUAACGGAUUGAAAGCUCAGAACUGCACCGUGACAUCACUAGGAGUUCCUGUUAGCAGUCAACAAGCUUUUGCAAAGGUGGUGAGUUCAAUAUCAAUGGGAGGAAGAAGAAGUGGUCGAGGUGGUGGUGGUGCUGCUUCUUCAACAUGUAAUGCUGCAGGUGAGAUUUUCCAGAUUGCGGCUAUUAUGAAUGGACUUACUCUUGUUGGUGUUGCUGUUGGGUUUGUUCUUCUUCGAAUUGAAGCUUUUGUUGAAGAAUCUGAGUAAGAGCUUUUAUUAUAUAUGUAUGUAAUGUGAUGUAAGUUUGUUAUAUCAGUUUAAUUCUUGAUGUGAUGAUGUAGAACUCAAUUGUUAAUGUUCUUGGAGGUAUUUGAAUAGUACCACCUGAAUUUUAUUUUGAGAUACAUAAUUGUACACAAUGCUGUCUGGUUUUGUACAUCAAUAUUGGUUGGGAUUUC